UAUUAUUAUUUUAUUUUCUUCUUUGUCUUAUUAACUAAAAACUCUAUAAGAUAUCCAUGCAUUAGCUAAUGUGAUGAUUAAAAUGAGUGAAAAGAGAGCAGAUAAAACUGAAGCAAUGGAAGUGGAAAGUAUAGCUGAAGGUAAGAACAAAAGUGAUGAAGAAGAAAAAAUGAUGCUUCCAGGUUUUCGAUUUCAUCCUACAGAUGAAGAGCUUGUGGGAUUUUAUCUUAGACGCAAAGUGGAAAACAAAAAGAUCAAAAUUGAUCUCAUCAAAGAGGUUGAUAUCUACAAACAUGAUCCUUGGGAUCUUCCAAAAGUGAUGGGCACAGCAGGGGAUAACAAGGAAUGGUAUUUCUUCAGCAUGAGAGGGAGAAAGUACAAAAACAGUGUAAGACCAAAUAGAGUGACGGGAUCUGGUUUUUGGAAAGCAACAGGAAUUGACAAGCCUGUUUAUUCUACUGCUACUAUUACUACAUCACAAAGUGAGUGUAUUGGGCUGAAGAAAUCAUUAGUAUAUUAUAGGGGAAGUGCUGGCAAAGGAACUAAAACUGAUUGGAUGAUGCAUGAGUUUCGUCUCCCACCUACAUGGAACACUACUUCAAAUGCCCACCAGCCCAAUCCCAACAACAUUGCUCAUGAAGCUGAAGUUUGGACGCUAUGCAGAAUAUUCAAGAGGAUUUCCAAUUACAAGAGAUUCACACCAGAUUGGAAGCAACAGCAGCCCAUUGUUAAACAAAGUUUGGGUGAUGCAAGUUCUAAGGCAUGCAGUCUUCAAUCUGAAAUCAGUGAUGAUUGCUCCAAUAAUAUCAACUUUAGAAAGAUGGCAUUUGAACAAAAUAAUAAUUACACAGUAUCUGUAGGAAAUUAUCAAGUUGAUCAAAGAACCACUGAUUACAAUAAUAGCCAACCAAUUACCAUGCCUCAAUCUUCAUUCGCAUCAUCAAACUCAAGCUUAUGGAACACAAGUACUGCUGAAGAUCAGGAGUAUUUGUUUAGUGAAGGAAACUGGGAUGAGCUCAAAUCGGUCGUUGAUUUAGCCAUUGAUCCUCGUAGUCUUUUUGGAUUUAAAUAAGCUGGAAGCACAAAUUGGGAUAUGUCUUGUAGCAGCACUCUUGGUAUAUAUGUUGAAUCAGUGACAAAUCCAAAAUUUAGAGUCAGCAGAUUCUGUUCUUCAUCUAAUAUGUGCUAUUUCCUCCACACACAUUUAUAUCUCCGAGCUAGAUGCCAAGGAUUCUGAAUGAGUUGUUGGAUGGACGAAAUAGCAGGUACAUCUACCUAUGCGAGAUGUAACACUUGUUACCGCUUUUUGGCUGUUCAAAGACUGUCUAGUUGGGAUUGAAGUUACCCCAGAAUACAGCUCAAGUAAGGUAGGCCAGUCUAUUUUUUGAUAUUCACCUUCUUUUUCUCACCCCUUUUUUUUCUAACUAGCUUUCUAUAUUUUUAGUUUAUUAGGACUAGAAACUUGACAGAUCUUGUAAAUUGCUAAUAAUUUUCUAGAGUACCUUUUUCUUAUUCUGAAUUUCAUAGAGUACUUUUUGUUUGAAGUACAAUAAGAAAUUGUUUUAUGAGGAAUAACAGAUUAGCUUCUUAGCUAUCUUUGGCAAUUAUAUAUUUGAAUGGAGAUUGUGAUAACUUUGUUAUGAAGAUAGCGAGAAGUAUAAAACAUUCUUUUGAUAUGUAA